UGUAUACGUAUCGUUGAGUGUAUAGACCCUGUCCGUCCAUGCGUUGGGUUCAUGUACACAAACAAAUGUCCGCAUACUCACUCACUGGCCACCCACCAAUCAUGUCAUGAACCAACCUCCCUUAGUCGGAUCGACAGACAGACAGUAAACCGGUCACUCAUCGGAUUAAUCAAUCAGUCAAAUCAAUGCACUCCUGCCCUGCAGCAUCGGCACUUUGACCACUUGCCGAUGGCCCGCCACCACCACCGCCAGCAGCAACAGCAGCGGCACCGCCACCAGCCGUCGGUCUCAGCUGCACGACGAGUGGGCAGUGGUCGCUGCCCAUGAAGCCCUCCAUUCCGCCCCUCGCCGUCCCCUUGCCCGUGAUGCGCACACUCUCCACCCGACCCAUAAGUGAUUCCGACACCAACUGCAGCCAGCCACCACACGCACACACAUGGACAACGGCUCGGUGUGCGAAUGUGUGUGUGUGUGUGUGUGUGUUCGUACGAUGUGGUCGAUCCUCAUGCCCUUGUUGGCGUAUUUGCCCCACCCCCGCCACGAGAAGCACGGCGACUCCGCAGACGGGGCGCCGCGCGGGUGCAUCUGCCGAUAGGCGUCCACCUGACACACACCACCCCACCCCUCGCCCAUCCAUGCCAUGCGGCCACCCAUUCGUGUCGUGUGUGUAGUUGCCGUCAUUCGCUCACGAGGCUGCCGGCCUUGAGGAUCUCCCGGAAGUCCGCCCGUUCGCCGUCGGUGCAGCCCGGCUGACCCACAUACUUCGGCGGCGGCCUGGCCGGCCCCUCUGUCUGCUGCCGAAACCACCUCUCGUCACCAGGGGACAGAUCGAGAUCAGUGGCCGCACAGUUGAGGUCGCCUGCGAUGAUGAGGGGCUUGCCGCUGCUGGUGGGAGGGGCGUCGCUGCUGCUGGCCUCUCCUGCUGACGUGCUGUCAGUGGUGAAGUGCUUGACGAACUGCUGGACGUCCGUGUCGAACCGGUGCCGCCGUGAGAACUUCUCCGUCUGCCAACCUGACACACCAAACCAAACCUGGAUGGAUGGACGGUUGACGCCUUCUUGUGGCGCGGGUACCGUUGUUCGGCGUAUACCUGAUGGGACACACACAGGCAGGCAGGCAGGCAGACACAGACACGAUAUAAGGUGGCUCAUGUGUGUGAGCGUAGCUGUUUUCCGACUGACAUACACACAUGUUCAUGACGGCGAAGCUCUCGAACUCCGCCAGGAUGACGCGGCCCUCCUCGUGGUGCACUGACUGCAGCUUGUCCGGCAACAACAGGCUGUACCGCACAGACCGCACGUGGAUGUCCUUCCUUGCCAUCAUCAAACAGCCUGCACCACCACCACACACCACACACCACACGCACAUCCAUCCAUCCAUCCAUUCAUUCAAGGCUUUUCCAUGCCUGCAUAUCGCCAGUCGGCAAGUGACCAAAAGAGGCUGUAGGAGGACAGCACCGGGCUGCUCUUGAAGGCUCUGUUGACCCGGUCGGCGUCCUCUCGGGUGGAUGCGUCGUUGUCCCGCAGCUGGCCUCGGUCCCGUGGCCGCCCAUCGCCCUUCUUGGCACCUGCAUGCAUCGGCACAGGGGACACCCGGCCGACCUCUCACCAAUUGCCGCAUUGUGCGAAUCUCUUCUGGUCUUGCACGCCCACCUGGGGGAGCCGCGGCGCAGAGUUUGAUCUCUUGCAGACACACGACAUCCUGCAGCAAAGCGGCACACACACACACAGGGCAGGAUACACACAUGUUCAGAUCUCUUGAAAGCUUCUCUGUUUGGCACAUGUGGACGAUACCGGCUUCUCUGUUUCCAUGAAGCUCUCGAAAUCCUUCCACUGCUUGUGGUCCUUGAUGCGUGUGGUGAGGCCGUUGACGUUCCACGUCACGAUCUUCAGCGGAUCUGACCGCUUGACCCUCUUCUCUGCUGCCGCCGAGGCUGCCUCGGGUAGACGCUUCAUGUUGAUUGCUGAGGUCACGACCAAAACAGCGAGGAUGCAAGAGGAUGCAAAGGGAGG